CCCGGAAGUGACGCGUGGUGCUCAAAAGAGUUAAGCAAAGCAUCUGGGAACAAAACACCAGCUAGCUCAGUUUUUAUUGAACAGCGGAGGACCGGAGCUGGGAGCAAACACACGGCGGAAACGGCUGACACUACUAUAAGCAGACAGACGUCAUGAAUCCUGUAUACAGCCCUGCACCAACAGGGGUCCCCUUCACCAACACUAAGGGUUUGAGCUAUCCAGCAGCCGGAUUCCCUGUCGGAUACGCGACCGCCGCACCGGCAUACAGUCCCAAUGUCUAUGCAGGAGCAAACCCGGGCUUCCCCAGCGGCUAUGCCACUGGCACUGCUUUCAAAAUGUCCUGCUCUCCCAACACGGGGACCAUCCCGCCGUAUUCCUCCUCUCCGAACCCGUACCCCACCGCCGUUUAUCCUGUGAGGAGCACCUAUCCCCAACAGAGCCCUUACGCACAGGCGCUAAUACCAUCACAACAGCAGGGCACCUAUUACACGCAGCCGCUGUACGCUGCUCCGCCUCACGUCAUCCAUCACACGACGGUGGUCCAGCCCAACGGGAUGCCCGCGGCCAUGUACGCUCCGCCCAUCCCUCCCUCUCGCCCCAACGGUGUAACCAUGGGGAUGGUAGCGGGCACGACCAUGGCCAUGUCAGCAGGAACUUUGUUGACAAGUCCAUCACCAGCACCCGUUGCCCCCCAUCAAGUUACGAUGCCCACAUAUCGACCCCCUGGGACCCCAAGCUACAGUUAUGUGCCCUCUCAGUGGUGAAGAAACUGAAGCGUCGCAAAGGCGUUAGAUAUGCAUUCACACUCUACUCCAGUGUUUUUCGCUCUCGGCAGCGGCCUGCCCUCGCAGCGUCUGCAACCACUUAGUCUUCUUCCAGCAUAAUGUGAAUCUAAAACCCAACUAACAUAGAUCAGAGCCUCAUUCCAACAUGGAGGGAGCUUGGAAGGGUAGGCUCAUCCCCAUGUACCCUGCCCCAGUUCCUCUUAUACCUACAAGGCUGCAUUCCAUGUGGCCAUCCCAUCCACUUCCCUCCCAGUCCCCGCCAGCAUCAGCACCUCUGCAGCCUGGCCUCGUAUCUCACAUCAAACUGCAAAAAAGGAAAAAAGAAACAUAAAAAAAGAACCUUUUGCGGAUUGUCAUGCAGGUUUUUAUAGCUUAAACUCUGAAGUGGUAAAAAGGGAGUUCUGUUUUUUUUCCUGUUUAUUUUUUUAUUAUUAUUAUUAUUUGGAGGAUACCUAUGACGUUGAAUGCAUGUGUGUGUGUAUAUAAAUAUAUAUAUAGAUAUAUGAAGUAAUGCUAGCUUGAUCUCCCUGCUGUGACAGAUGCAAAGUCAAUAAAAGGCACACGUCCAAAGGAACUAAGAAAAAGAAAAAAUAAUAAUCUGCAAUGCUGAAUCACCAGUGACCGUCUCAUAAAUGUGAAAAAAAAGAGAAGAUUUUUCAUGCAAAAAACGUGCCUGCGUGCUCCGACGCAGAGUCUUACCAUUUCCGCUGCUUUCAAUAUGUAACGCAAGGUUUUUAUUGUUUCUUUAAAUGAUGCAGCGUCUUUACUAUUUUCUUUUUUAUUUUACUUCUUUUGUAUUUUAGGGUAGAGGGGUGGGUAUGGGGAGUGUUUGAGUUCGUGCCUCUGACUGACAGCCAUUCCGCAACUUAACCAGCCCGAGUGUUUCAUUUCUUUUUCUUCUUCUUCUUCUGUGUUUUUUAGGAAAAGCUGCUUUCUAAAAAAAAAAUUUUAAAUAAAUAAAAAAAAAAAAAUAGACAAAAAGACCAAAAGCAGUUUCGGCCUGUUAGAGCUGCAGCGUCUUCGUUUUGGCCAGAAGUGUUCUUUAUCAAGGAACGGAGAGAAAUUGGGGGGACUCGUUAGACGAGAACGAAUGAAUGGGAACGCCGUUUUGUGUUUGUGUGUGUGAGGGCGCGAGCGCGCGCGCAAGUAGAAACGGUCUCAAUGUUGAAACAAAAAAGAAGAGAAAAAAAAAGUCCAUAAAAAGCGGUGCCAUACCAGUGCAACAUGCUUUAAACGUUCACAUCAAAAUAGUUUGUGUCUGGGUAGCUCUGAUGCACUACAGCAUUAAAUCACUGCUAACUGUGGCUAUGUUAGGAAAACAUCAUAUCGUUCAAGUCCAGUUGUGAAUAGCACUACUGAAUGAAGGCACUAAGUGAAAACAGUUCAAGAUUUUUCUUUUGUUUGUUUGUUUUUACCCUUUGACAUGGCUCGCUGUCUUACCUCAAAGUAAACCCACCAGUAUCACUCGUUUCAGACAUGCUUUUUCUAUGUUGCCUCGGUCACCUCAGUUAAAUAAUCUGUUUUGUAAAUGUUAUUUUUGUGAUUUUGGUUCAUGUUUUGUACUCUAAAAAUAAAAACCAACUAUAAGGGAAAA